GUGCAUCUUAACCAAAUGUCGAAUCUUACCUUACUUGAGAGAAUGCUGGCCUUCUCGGCGUCUCUCUCUCUCUUUCGUAGGUUGGUUAGAUAUUUAACGAGUUUUCCAAACGUAAAAAAGCAACCUUUGAAGGUCCUGGUGACUGGUGCAGCAGGACAAAUAGGCUAUGCUCUUGUCCCCAUGAUUGCUAGAGGGGUGAUGCUGGGCCCUGAUCAACCUGUAAUUCUGCACAUGCUUGAUAUUCCACCUGCUGCAGAGGCCUUGAACGGGGUGAAGAUGGAGUUGAUUGACGCUGCAUUCCCACUCCUCAAAGGUGUUGUUGCCACCACGGAUGCUGUCGAAGCAUGUAAGGGUGUGAAUGUAGCAGUAAUGGUUGGUGGAUUCCCUAGGAAGGAAGGGAUGGAAAGGAAAGACGUGAUGUCAAAAAAUGUAUCCAUCUACAAGGAGCAAGCUACAGCAUUGGAGCAGCAUGCAGCUAAAAACUGCAAGGUGCUGGUUGUCGCUAACCCAGCAAACACAAAUGCACUCAUUCUGAAAGAAUUUGCCCCUUCAAUACCCGAGAAGAACAUCUCAUGCCUUACACGCCUUGAUCACAACAGAGCUCUAGGCCAAAUCUCUGAGAGGUUAAAUGUGCAGGUCAGUGACGUGAAGAAUGUCAUCAUAUGGGGAAACCACUCUUCCACUCAAUACCCAGAUGUCAAUCAUGCUGUUGUCACCACCGCUGCUGGAGAAAAGUCUGUCAGAGAACUUGUUGCCAACGAUCAAUGGCUGAAUAAUGAGUUCAUCACAACUGUACAACAACGGGGUGCAGCCAUCAUCAAAGCUCGCAAGCUGUCGAGUGCUUUAUCUGCUGCAAGUUCCGCGUGUGAUCACAUACGCGAUUGGGUUCUGGGCACACCCAAGGGUACAUGGGUUUCAAUGGGAGUGUACUCUGAAGGAUCCUAUAACAUUCCUGCGGGUCUUAUUUACUCCUUUCCUGUUACUUGCAAAAAUGGAGAAUGGUCAAUUGUGCAGGGUCUCAAGAUUGAUGAGCAUUCAAGGGCAAAGAUGGAUGCCACAGCAAAUGAGCUUAUUGAGGAGAAGUCUCUUGCCAACUCAUGCCUUAAUUGAUUAGAUGGAUUGUUCUUCCUGGAUAUCUGCCCCGACAGACCUGGGAAAAUGGGAAAAGCAUAAAAUGCCAUCCAAUAAAGAUUCAGUGAGAAAAUGGCAUUUUAGUUCUGACUCAAUAAUCCGCUCUUGUUUUGUUCAGUCUCUGAUACCAUUUUAAUCCAAGGAUUCCUGCUCUCCUUUCUUAAGUUUCUUCGGUAAUCAUUAACUGUUUCUUUACUGUAGCAGUAUAUCAAUCUUGAAGAAUCAAGACCAACCUCUUGCAUCUAAAACUUGUGCUGGCAUGUGCACAAAACUACCUAUAAAUGUUUGGAAUGAAUAUGGUCUACUUAGGAAAGAAUUUAAGGGAAUUCUGUU